UUCUGCUGAUCCAUAUUCCAUCAAGUUAAAUAAGAAAGAAUCCAACUGGACGUCAAUUGCUCCGGCUCACAGGUUCUACCUCAGUUUUGUAUGUUUUUUUAAAAAUUUGUUUGUAUGUUGUUUGUUAAAAAAAUUUAAAUAAUUAAUUAAUUUAUAUACAAUUAUUAAUAAAAGUGAUUGGCUUCUCGCUCAAAUAAAGUCCGACAGUAUAAAUAUAUUCCACCAGAUUUAACAUUUGGUAAAUUUGUUUAUUUUUAUUUUUUAUCAGUGGCAGUCCUCUCAAGCUUAUUUACUAAUGCAAGUCUAUUAGAAGCCAAGCUGAUUGCUUUCAUUGCCUUUAAAAAUGUAUCUGCGUUUGUAGGCCUCAUCAUAACGAUCAGCCAAGUGGCAUCUAAUUCAUUAAACCAUUUCACUGACCAAUAUAACUAAAUUUUGUUGCGCUUUGAAAGUUGAUUUCAAAUUGUCCCACCACUCAUGAAACAACUCAAUAGGACCUUAGCUUUUCAGACAUCUUUUUAUGGACAUUUUUUUAAAACCUCAGUUACAUGUGGAGGGGGUAGUUUAAUGUGUCCUAAUGUAUAAUAUACAUUUGUGUAUAUUUUUAAAAAUUAAUAUUCAUUUUUCAUUCCACUUUUAUGAAGAUUAUAUUCCUUAAAUGAUUUUGUUCCUAAUUUCUGGCUACUCAAAAUAUAUUAAUAUUUUCUUCAUCCUAACUGCCAUAUCAAUAGGUCAGCUACCUUGUAUUUCUUGGGUUGUAUGGAGUCAUGCUUGUCUCAGUCCUGAGUACAUACUCCUAUCAUUGGUUGGAGUGGCUGGUCUGGGCUUGGAUUGUCACUUUUCUACUGCAACUGAUAUACAUGGUACGAUGCACUGCUCACAGCUUAGUAUAAUAUUAGUCAUAAUUUUGUUAAUAUAGCACAACCCCUUCAAAUGAUUUACGUGGUAAGAUGCACUAAUCACAGUAUACCAAAGGACUUAGUUAUGAUUAUAAAGCAAAGCUUCUUCAUUAUUUAUUUUAAAAGUACUUGUCUGACCUGGGCUGUUCUAACAGUAACUGAGGCCACUGAAUGAAGUAAUAAUAUGAACUUAAUACAGCAUUCAACAAAUUCACAUGCUGCAUUUGGGGUCUGUGCGUGUAGACAACACUGCGUCUGGCCAUUAAUAUUGAUCUGGUCAAAAAAUCUUUAAUAUCCUCCUGUUCUCAGAAAAGAAUUCAAGUUAGCAAUUACCAUUUCAGGCUAUUGGAAGAAGAUUUUAGUUAGCCUCUGCAUAUUACAUUAAUCAGAUUUUCUUUUCCAAAUGCACCAAUAUAGCAUUUAGAAAUGAAAUGUAUACAGUUUGAAAUAAACCAAAUCAACACUUUGAUUUAAAAUUCAUUAUAACAGGUAUAAAAAAAAAACAAGAAUGCCUUUCCUGUUAUUUAAUUUUAAAUAACAAUUGUCAGUGAAUGAUAAAACCACACCUUUCUGAUUUAUGAACAAAAAAUGUAUAGAAACAUUGUCAUAUGAUAAGAUAUAUCAUAUAUUUUAUGCCAUUGACGCCAUAUAUUUUGUACAUACAAAUAAUAACUGAGUUUAUAAUUUGUUUUUCAGCGUCCAUUCAGCAAACCAGUGAAAGACAUCUUUGAUGUAAUAGAAGUUGUUUCAGUGGUUAUGUUUGUCUUGGCCUGGAUCUUCCGUGUGGCGGGCUACUACAGAUCCUACCUGCCAGCUCUGAUGGAGAUGUCCCGGCUCUUGUUUAGUCUGGACUACAUUGCAUUCUCACUGCGUCUCUUCAAGUAUCUCUACGCCAGCCGAUUCCUGGGACCUAUCGUUGCCAUGAUUCUUGGGAUGGUGAGUGAUUUUGUAAUUGUUAGUCGAAUGUUUCCCUGGGACCUUGUCAGGCAUCUGAAACACGUUGGUAAAUAUUUUAGUGAUCGUUUAGCAGCCAAAGAGCUGUUGAGACUAAAUUGGAUGUUUGCAGGUCAAUAAUACAUUGUUUGCAUUUUAAAACUCUUUCAAGGAUCCUUGAUUUAAAGGUGCUUAUUUAUAUGUAGAUAUAAAAACACUUUACUAUGUUUCUAGUUGGAAUUGAAUGAUUGUUAUUUAGGUAGCUUCUUUAUGACAUCAAAUAUUCAGGAACACACUCUCCACACACACAAAAAAGCCAUUUAGAAAUGAUAUAAGACAUUUUUGGCAUGAGAAAAAUCUAUUUUAAUGUGCUAAAUUUUUGGUACCGGUAGCUAUUAUUAUUUUUAAUUAAUGCUUAUGUAUCUUUCUUCUCCUUUUUUCUUUAUUUUUUUUCGUUUAUCAUACUUUGUGCUGUUUUGCUCUGCUUUAUAAAGGGAAGACCUGUCUUUUUUUGCUGUUCCUUUCAGUUUUUUGUUUUGGUUUUUUUCUUUUCAUUUAGUCAUGAAACCCUCAAGCCAGGAACACACACAAAUAAAAGCUAUUUGAAAUCAUGUAGCCUUGAUGCGGUUGCUGAUACAAGAACUGAAUAUUUUGUAUUUAUUAUAUUAUAUUCCCCUAUUUUUAUCUUGGCAGUUUUCUACCCUGGCCAAGUUCCUUGUCAUUAUUCUGAUCUGCUUCGUGGCCUAUGCCAUUUCAUCUGAGUCGGUGUUGUACCCCAAUGCUCAGAUCAACAUCAAACUGCUCUACUAUGUUUUUAGAAAAGCUUUCUGGGGAAUGUUUGGAGAACUGUUUCUUGAUGAGCUGGAAGAUCAAGGUAAAUUAGCAGUAUCCACCUUAAUCAUACUUUAAAAUUAUUUCUUUGUGUUCUGCCUGUUCAUGGCCUGUUAAGGCUUUGAGAUUUAACAUCGUAGGAUAAAAUGGGACCAACUAUGCAAAUAUUUUUGUAUUGCAUCGAAUGGCAAACUGGUUAAAUUUAAAAAUUGCCUGUCGGACUAUGUGAUUUUAAGGGUUUGUCCUUUCUCCUGUAACCAAAUAUAGCAUCUCUAUAAGUCGGAAUUAUUCCGAAGCAAAAUAAUUACAUACCUAUUAUUUAUAAUUAGGGUGUACAUAUUAAAGCUAAAUAUAAAUAUACUAAUUAAUUGGCACAAUAUGGUUUGGUAAUCAUGGAAAGCCUUGAAUAUGAUUUGAUAUUGAAUUGGCUUGUAAGUGGGUUAUACACCCUUCAGGCUUAUGAGUGGGUUAUACACCCUUCAGGCUUAUGAUUGGGUUAUGCACCCUUCAGGCAUAUGAGUGGGUUAUACACCUUUCAGGCUUAUGAGUGGGUUAUACACCUUUCAGGCCUUGUGAUUGGGUUAUACAACUUUCAGGCUUAUGAGUGGGUUAUACAUCUUUUAGGCUUAUGAGCGGGCUAUACACUUUAAGUACUUUUCCUCUCCAAAACUGGUGGUGUCCCCCUUGUGAAUGAAUAUUAUUUAUAAAGGGUUUAUACAUUAUGCAAAUCUUAAGCUAGAUAUUGUAAGAUUUGAUCAAUACCAUAUUAUUCAUAAUGCAUAGAUCUUUUUUUCAUAGCUUUUUAAAUGUCGGCCUGAAGGGUAAAAGUGAAAUUUUGUUAGUAAUAAUCAGUAUUAAAAACAUUUUCUUUUACUUCAUUUUUUUCAUGUCCUUCUUUUAAUUUUAAUAGUUUUGUAGCUUGGACCUGCUUUUUUUCCUUAAAUUUUCACAUAAUAAUCCAUGCCUGUCAUUUUUAUUGUAUUAAUAGGAUGCUGUUUCUCAUAUUUGUUGACAUGUUUGUAAUUAUGAAGGAUGUUGUAAAAUGUAUUUUGAUAGAUGUGUCCCUUAGGCUGUGCAGGGUAGAAGAAAUGCAUUUCAGGUCAGCGGGAAAUGCCUAGAUCCGGGUGGUCCAAGGAAAGUGCUACAGGUGUGACAAAGGUUUAAUGAGAGGUCAAGUGUUGUUUGUGUUCCCUUGUGAAUUAGCAAAGAAAUAACUUACACAUCAUUAGUCAGAAGAUGGAUGCGCCACCUUGUGGUUUUGUGCGUGGGAAGUACAGCGCUGCUACUGAACGCCUAUUCAGACAUGUGUCUGCUCUUACAAAAAGGAUAUGCCCCUGGAUGUCAGUUUUGCCAGACUGCUCUCAAAGGUUCUCAUGUUGCCAACUUGACGGCCCUUGAGAGUAAAUACCGCCAAGGUAUUAUUUUUUUUUUAAAAUAUAAUUUUAAUGAAUUUAUCUAUUCCUAAGCAUUUGUUAUUGUGCUUUCCUAGAAAGUUCCUGCACAGAUGACCCAACAAUUUACAAUGACUACUCUGGUGUGAGAUGUCCUUCGGAUUUUGGCAGAUAUUAUGUGCCAGCUGUUUUAGGGGCCUACAUCCUGGUGGUGCAAAUACUGCUCUUUAACUUACUGAUAGCCAUGUUCAAGUGAGUAUCAUUACGGUAGUCAGUAGCUACUGAUAGCCAUGCUCAAGUAAGUAUCAUUACAGUAGUCUGUAGCCUUUUAAUGUGUUUUUAUUUUAGGCUACUUGCCAUUUAAGAAAGUUUAUUUCAAUUUGUCUUUAAAUUUACCACAAGAUUUGUAUUACUACAGAGUGUAUGUGCUACACUGUAAAAGUGUAAUGUGUAAGGUAAAAUGUAACCAACAUUUAUCAUGUAUAACACUAUUCCCAUUGUGGACAAGAUAUUUCAGAGAUUUGGAUAUGUUAUUUAUUUUUAAUUCAAUUGAUAUGAUUAUCUUUUAAAGAGAUUCAAAUGCUUUAUGUUUAUAAACAGUUCUACAAUCAAGGAAAAAGAAGACAAAUCAUUGCUGAUCUGGCACUAUCAGAAGUUUCAGCUUACAAUGGAAUAUUCCAAGAUCAUCUUCCUGCAGCCACCUUUUGUUCUCAUCUCCUUGUACCUCAUCAUUAGGAGGUGCAUUAAGUGCUUUUCAAGUUAGUCCUGCAUCUCUGAAUCUUUAAAAAAGGAAUAUACUGAUUAAGAACAGAAUACUGAACUUAAGAAUAUAUGAAUUUUUAUUUAUGCCUGCGUAUUGUUUGUUAUAAACAAGUUUUUUUAAAUUGUGUAAGAUUAAGUACUUGAAAUAUUUAGAAAUUAUCUUAUCAUCGCAGAUCUCUUAAAAUUCUAUUUUUAUUCUAACCCCCAUCUCCAGGAAGUGAACAAAAAAAAUUAUCUUUAGAAUAUGCAGGUUUAGGAUACAUUGGCCAUUGGUAUUACACUUGCACUGCUGUUACAUAAGGAACAUUUUAUUUGACAUAACUCAUUCCUCAGAUGAAAAUCAAGAAAACAACUCACAAAAUCUGGAUGCAUUUGAAAAAAGUAUUGUGGAAUAUUUGAAGAGACAAAUUGAUGACGGAAAGUAAGAUAUGUUUUAAUAGUUUUAUAGACAAUAUAAAUUCUUAUACAACAAAAUCAUAAAGCCUCUAAAACUGGGCCAGCUACAACUCCAAAUUACACAGCAUAAAAACAUCCUUUUGUUUUAACAAAAUAACCACUCAUCCUACUAAUAUUAAUAAAAACCCCAGUGCUAUUUGCUUGAAACUCCACAAUCACACGAUCUGACUGAUAAUGGGAUAAUUUCUUAAGGACCCCAAUUAUCGCAUUAUAAUUUUGUUCCACUGUGCUUUCAUUUAGAAGGAAACAGAUUGGUAUUUUCUUUUUGUUUGUUCGGAACAGUUUUAUUGAAAUCAUUUUUUAAAUCAUUUUCAGAUUCUUUGAAAUGCUAGGAGAUUAUAGGCAAGCAGGUAUGUAUUGGAUUUAGUAUGACCAAGGUCUUUAUAUUUCAUUCGUAUUGAUAUGCCAUUACAUAAAGACAGUCAAAGGGUAGUGAUGAAUUGAAUUAAUUACACCUUCUGUUCAAGUUUUUACAUUGCAGCAAUUCAAAUAUGUUACAUUUCACUGACUCCAUCACAAAUACCUAAGACCAACUUCAUCAGGGUGAAUUCUUUCACUUAAAUUCAGGAUUGAAAGAUAUAAAAAGUUCUUUUGUUCUCCGGUCUGUGCAAACUUACACGUGUGCUCCCCCAGCUGUUAAAAAGUCUUAAUGAUCAGUAAUUAAGUCAUUGUAGUGACUAAAGGAGUGCAUUUAUGGCUGAUUUCUAUGCUAGAGAUGUCUCUUUAGAUGUCCUGAGUUUAAAUUAUUGUAAAUGUAAAAUAUUGUCUUGGUUCAAAUAAGUUUUUAUGUAUGUAGCUGUAAAUGAACAUGUCAGAUUUAAUUUUUAACAAUCCCAUUUAUUUGGAUCAAUAAAGAAUCUCAUCCUAUUUUUUAAAUGUUACUAAAUUUCUAUGCCAAAAUAUUAAAGUAAUUAUAAAACAUUCAUGAAGCCUUUCAAUAAUGCAUGCAAAUGAGAUUAAUUUUACUCAAAUUUAUAAAGAUAAAUACAAUAAAUUCCAAGUUCCAAUUGAAGUAGAAUGUUCAAAGUUAAUUAAAUAAACAGCUUGGCUUCAAAGUUUCAUUCGAUUGUUCAUAGAACCAUCUGGGCUUGAGGGUCAUCUGAGGCGGUUAAAUAAAUUCACUGUUGAACUUAACGUCUACACCAAGGAGAUUCAGAAUGUUAACAGGUAACCAGGAAUGAUUUUAUUGUACAAUAAACAAAUUGUUUGUUUGUUACAAAUGUUGGUUAUUAUGUCAGUAAGUUUUGAAAUUGAUUAGUUCAAAGUUUUAAUCUUUUAUAUUUUGCUCAGACAGCUUCUUAUGUGAUUCUGACAUAUUGGAAAAAUGAAAUUUAAAGCCUCUGUGCCCUUAACAAUCAUAAUUACAAUUUGCAUUAUUCUAACCAUAGGGUGAGUUAUAUCAGAAACUGCAGGCCAGAUUAUUCUGCACUCAUGAAAUUUUAAAAUAUUGAAUUUUCAUUGAAUGUACAAAAUGUAGUGUGUUUUUUUGCUUGUCUAACAAGAUAUGCUAGAUACAGUGGGUUCCCCCCGGGAUAUGACAAAAUCCAUGAAGUAGCAACCUUAUAUUUAAUGUAUUAUUUUAUAUUUUUAGGGCUUUAUAAACCCUCCAACACUCUUAUAAAACUUCCCACAAUCUUAUGAAUACCCCCUAUCCUCUUCAACAUUUUCUACACUCCUACACAUAUGUAAUUUUAAAAACAUAAAAUAAAUCUGUAUGGGUGAUUAUAUUAGAAAUUUGCAAGUAAUGACUCCGCAAUACAGUGAGCCUACUGUACAUGUCCUUAUCAUAAUUUCAGAGGCAUCACUGAGAUCAUGGGAAUAUUAAAGAACGAUCCAACAAGUAAGUUAACAAUGAAAUUUUUUUAUUUUUUUUAAAUUUCAAACAAAGCCAUUUUUUUUAAAAAAAAGGUAUUUGUUGUUAAAAUGUAAAAAUUCUAGCAAUAUCCUUUGUUAUAUUCAAUUAGGGACCAAUAAUAAAAAAAAAGGUGGAUGUCAAUACUUGGACUAUUUAUAUGUUAUGUUCACGGGAGGAUGGUGUUAAAUUUGGAUAUUUUUUUCUAGAGCAGCAUAUUUGGAGGAUGGGUCUCAUCAGGAUGUUUACAUACUUUUAUGCAGACAUUCUGCACAACAAUUAUCCUGAAAUUCUGACAGUACAUAAAUAGCCUAUUCUAUUUAUAUCAAUAUCACCAACUGUCACUAAACAAUCUGUGAAACCUUAUGAUACACAUGAUUUCCGUUUAUUUAUUGCCAUACAAAUAUCUCUUCAAAUUUUCAUAACUAUGGUCAUAGUUCAGCUUUACAUAUUCACAAAUGAACCCUCUAAAUAUUGCAACUGCAGCUUUCAGCCUAGUGACCAAUUUCCAUCUUGGUAUGCAUUCAUCCCAUUCGGGGUGUACUCAUUCAGAUGAAAAUAAAUGGGAGAAAACAUGGACAUAACUUUCAGCACAGUUUACCUCCACCUCUUUCAAUAGCCCCUUGUACAUCAUAGUUGAAAAUAAAUUGAAAUAAGCGUUUGUUUUUUUAAAAUGCAGGUGNAGGGGGGGGGGGGGGGGGGGGGGGGGGGAUAUCUCAUUUGAUGGGAAUGAAAACCUGAUUUUUCUUUUUGUUGUCAUAUAUACAGAUUUAAAUUCAGCAGUUGAAAGCAUUAUGCUUAUAUUUUUUUUUAAUUCCAUUUGAUGCAGUAUCACAAACUUAUACUUGUAAAUGCUUGCAAAGAUAAAUAAGUAAUAAAAAAAAAAUGUGUUAAAUAUUCUGUACUUUCAAAAAUUAGGAGACGAAAAUGUAAUGGUAUAAUAAAACUAGACAGACUCCUUGAGUUUCAGACCUUACCUUCAGUGUAAAAUGAGGGAAUUUAAUUAGGAAUUUGGGUAAAAUGAGUGUUGUAUGAGGUAUAUGUGGUUGUUUGAUUGAUAAAGGGGUUUUAUGUGGACAAGGGGAUUUAUAUGAGAAAUUGUGGAGAAUAUUGGACCUUCAGUCACUUCAGUCUUUGUAAGAUUAUAAAUUUCUGUCCAAUCUUUUUUUUAGUUCCAGAAGACUUUCCUGAAACCCAAGCACAGAGGAAUCCAGUUAUUAGAGGUAAAACUUUUUUAUUACAAUGUAUGUAUUCAUUUUCAAAUUUUCAGCACAUCUGUAAAUAUUCUUACAAAGACAAACGGUUUAAAACUAGAACAAUUUAACACAAGAAAUCUAAAGGCAUUACUCAAGCCCAAAAAUCAACAGUCAUAUGCCAUUGGCCUUCUCUCAAUAAUUGACAAUAUUGAUUUUAAUUUAGCGUGAUUAUUUAGAAUUUUAAACAGAUGAAGGAGCAUGCUACGAAAUUCUUACAGAUUUGGGAACAAAUUAAAUUUUUUUAUUUUUCAGUCCUUUACUUUAAAGGAAAGAAUUUGCUCUGAUUGAGUUUACCCUAGGUAUCUGAUAUGAAGAGGUUGGGAUGUAUCUGCCAAAAGUGUUUUUGAUUUUACAAACGGAUAUUGCUCAAGCUUUACAGAGUUCUUCAAGUGGAGAUGAUUUUGUUUGAGCCAUAUUACAUUCUCUCUUGACAAGUCUAAUUAAUCUGUGUUUGAUAAGAAGUGAGGCAGGGCCACAACAGCAGGAAGUACUGAAUUAUAGUAGGCUUUUAAAUGUUGCAGUGUACUAUUGGUUAAUAAUUUGUUUUUAAUUGUCAAAGUUGGUAGUUUUUUUUGUUUUUUUAAAAGUCUUUGUUUAAUUUUUUUUUACUUGGAAUUAGGCCGUGGACAUUUCAUGUUAGCUUACUAUUAAUGGUGACACCUUGGAAUUUACAUGGCAGUGUUUGCUCUAUGCUGUGAUUUUUAUGGUUAGAUCCACAAUUUGGUGAGCCGUACUUGCGAUAUGGACAUCCCUUUUGACUUGUUUUGUUUUUCUUUUUUUCUUUUUUUUUUAAAAACACAUUCAGUUAAAGAAAAUUUUCAUCACACCAGCUUCUAAAACUUGUAAAUAAGUUGCACUAUAUAAUUUCCCCUUCAGAUAUUAAGCCAUCAAUUGUGGUAUUGUUAACAGAUUUAUUGAUAUGAAUAGUGUCGCUUGGGCUCUGGAUAUGGGAAUAUAUAUAUCUCCUCAAAACAGGAGAAGGCACAACUUUGUGGUGCCACAUUUCUUAUUUCUCUAGUUAAUGAUAUAUGACCAUUCACUUUGACAAAGUGUGGGUGAUUUGAUAAAAAUUUCAGUAUCCAUGAUUGAAUAUUUAAAUUGACACUUGACAAAGAAAGAUUUUAAUCUUUAGGUGUUGUUGGAUAGAGUUAAAAGCUGAUGAAAAGUCAAAGAAAAUAAUAAUAUAUGAAAGCCUUUAAAGAAAGGGGAAAAAUAUUCUCUUAUAAGCGCUAGGUAGGAAAAAAUGGAACGUAAGUGUCGCCAGUAUAGUGUUUAAAAAAACAAAACAUUUUGCCAUCAUUGUGGAUAUGGUUUAUUGCACUCCAACGAUUGUAUAAUCAUUCAAGAUCAAUUAUAAUGAUAGAACAGCUUGAACAUUUUGAGAAACCAAGACUUUAUUAUACAAACAGAGUUAAGCAUAAUUAAAAUAAUGUGAAAACUGGCUCCACUUUAAAUACAGGUACUUAAGAACCACUGAUAUCAACUAUACCUUGAAUAUGCAUGACUUAGUGCUUUCUUGCACCAGCACAUGGUAAUUAUUUCAUAUCUCUGUUACCACCAUGGUAGCUUAAUAUGUUACACGCUUUUCCUUACUCUAUUAUUCACAUUCUAAAUCUGUUUGAGCAUUCCUUAUGGAGUCAGCGAAUGCAUUUUGCCGUGUUUGCACUUACAGAUGAUUCAAGAGGCAAUCCAAUUCUCAGGAAACAUGUUUUUCAACGCAAGCAAACAGUGAGAGGUAUGAAUAGUUUGAUAUCAUCAGAUAAUUAAGACAAUAUAUCCACAAAGCAGAGGGAUACUUUGUUUUAAGUGUUGUAAAGCAAUGACAAAAAUUCAACCCGUUGGUGUUAAUACUGAAUUCAUUAAUCAUUUUUCAGAUUUGGUGGAGUCGAUGACCCAUCGUCAGACAGGCUCGGGUUAUAAUCCACCAGCAUAUGAACAUCAGUUUUCAGGAGGUAAAAAUUCCAGCUAUAAAAAUGUUAUUCUAUGACUUUAAAAAACUCAAUAUGAUUUAGCACAGAGAAGAGGCUUUUAAAGUUAUUGUUUCAUUUCGUCUGGUUAUUAAUGAACUUCGAAAACUGAUGCCAUUUACCUAAAUUCAACUUAUUGUUUGUAUUUUGAUAACCAUUAUAAUUCUUAUAUGCAUUGCUUCUCCAGGCUCAAAUGAUUCUCAACCCAUUGUCCUCUACCCAGUACCACAAGGAGCAGUAACCAACAGAGGUAUUUAAAAUUAAUAAUAUGGUAGGGACUGCAUUCAAGCCAUGUGAAUUAAAUAGUAAGGAUAGGGUUUGUAAAACCCAGAAAAAUCACAAUCAAAAGGAAAUUUUACCAUAAAUCCUUCAUCAGCAAAAAAAAUCAAAGACAUGGGAGAAUAAAAUUACAACUUAGCAAAGUGGAAGCAAACCAGAAGUUAUUCAAAUUGAACAUGAAAGCCUUUUUUUUAAGGACACCUCUCUCUAAUAAUUUCUAAGAAAUUUUGGGAUGCUGUUGACAGGAAAUGGCAAAUUCAAAUAAAAAUUACAAGAAAAUAGUAGGUUAACAGGAGAGUACUGGAAAAAUAGGAUUUCAUUAAUUCCACAUGAUGAUAAGUUACCAAUAUUUUAUUCUCAAUUAAUAUCUAUACCUAUUUAAAUGCUGCAUAGGAAUUUGCCAAUCACAGUAAUAUUGUUAGUUUUGAUCCACUAUUUUAUUGAUCUACAUUUGUUCUUCUGAUUUGUUAGAAUGAUUUCAAUUAAUUUGAAUGUUAUAUCAUUACCUCUAAUACAAAUAUUAAAUAAAAUAAUUUCUUACCAGAUCCAGCUGAUGUUGAGCAUAUUAAAAUUUACCAAACUCCAAGAACCAACAUUCAAAACAAAGGUCUGUUAAUGUCUGUUCAAUAACAUUUUCAAAAGAGAUUUCACAAAUUUUCUCUUAAAUAUUUCAAAACAUUUUUUUUAAAUUGUGUUUUUUCUAUUAUUUUUUUUAAAGAUUUAACAAAUUAUAAAAUGCAUUUAUUUCUCAAAAUAUAUAUUUAAAGAAUUUGACUUUUGUGUUUUAUUUGAUAAUUAUGUACAAUUUUUUUUAAAUUUUGAUAAAUUGGAUUUGGUAACAGUUCAUUUUUUUAUUCAAUUUUUGCAACCCACCGUGUGAAAAUGUUUUUCAUUUUCAUGUUUUGGGCCUUAGAUGCAGUCCCAGGAAAUCUAGCGGCUGUUGAAAAGACCUUGAAGAGACAUGAUGUCAUGCAGUCUGCCAUGAAAGAUGAAAUGAGUGAGCUGAAGAAACUUCUGAAGGACUUGAAAGAUGGGCAGGACUUGGUCAAUGCCAAGAUGGAAAAUCUCCUUCAGAACCAAGCCAAUCAUUAAUGUAGUGUUCCUCACAUUAUCAUUUUGAAGAAACUUAAUACUUUUUAAAAAAUCUCAACUUUUAUCUAUGACUAUACACAAAAUAUGACAAAUUGUGUCUUUCAAUGCUUUUAUUGUUAGUCACUUAAAAAAAUUUGCUAAUGAAAUUUUACAGCUGAAUAUGAUGCGCAUAUAUGAACUGAUUUUCAUUUGGCCAGGCUGCGGACAAAAGAUUACAUUUUUCCUAUGUUUAUUUUUGUUAUUUGAGCACUUUACUUCUGCUGCCAGUUUUCUUGGCCUGUCAUACCUUCACCAGAUGUUUCAGCAGGCCACCCUUAAUUGGUUUCUCUCUCCCUCCGUGAGAAUGAGGGGUUGGGAUCUGAGAGAAUGGAAAGCUGUCAUUUCUUUUAAUACCAGCUGCAGUGGAUCCCUACUAUCCGGGUCCAUAAAAAAAUAAAAUUUGAUCAUGUUAGUAUGCUAAUUUGGAUUUUAGAAUAUUGUAAUACCAGCUGCAAUGGAACACCACUACCAUAUAUCAAGUUAAUUGGGGUUGAUAAAAUUGGGUCACUUUGAAAUCAGAGUCAUAUUACUAUCUGAACUUCCAAUAUUAUUUGCCAAAACCAUUGUUUUUUUGUUUUUUUCAAAGUAUGGAGAUGAGUGAUUUUGUUAAAAUUUCUUGAAUAUCUUGUGGUCAGUGUGAGCGAUUUGAUGUUGCAGUUGCAUUUUUUUUUUGGGCUGUUAGGAAUUGUUUUGUACAAGAACAUCCAUUUUUUAAAACGUGCUUGUAUGUUAUUAAGGGAGCCAUGCCACAGUUACAUUGUAUCCAAAUUUGUGAUUAGAUGGGGG